AGCUACCGCCACUUCCGGCGGCGCGGCCAUGGCGGUGGCGGUGCGGCGGCUGCUGCGUCCUGCGGCAUGGCGGGCGGCGGGCAGGGUGCCGUGCCGCGGACAUCGCCUCGUACCCGCGGACGACGAGAUGUACCAGCGGACGCGGCUGACGGUGCUGGAGCCGGAGUCCCCCAACAUCAUGUUCGUCGAAGGCUACACCAACCGCGGCUUCACCAUCAGCGGGAACCUGGUGGUGGGGCCCUGUGCCAUCCUUCCCCGCGCCAUCCUCCAGUGGAACGUUGGCUCCUACAAGGAUGUCUCGCAUGAGAGCCUGUCGCUGUUCCGGCUACUGGAGCCCCAGAUAGAGAUCCUGGUGCUGGGCACAGGAGACAGAGUGGAGCGGCUCCAUCCUGCCAUGCUGAAGCAGAUGCGGGAGUGCGGGAUUGCUGUGGAGGUGCAGGACACGCCAAAUGCGUGUGCAACCUUCAACUUCCUAACAAGUGAAAAGCGUCUGGUGGCUGCUGGGCUCAUUCCCCCACGGGGUGCCUACGCAGGGGUGUAGCAGUUCUCUCGCCUGCCCGAAGCUCUUGGAGAAACACUUUGGACUGAACUGUCAGAGCUGCUGGCUCUGCACACCGGAGGGCAUUGUGAAGUGUGUGGGCUCGACUCUGCCUCAGAGUCCCUGGCUUUCUGGCCUCCUUGCCCCAGUGCAAGGCACAUAGCAUGAGCAUUGCUGGCAGCACUUGCAGCCCUGCCCUUCUGCCAAGGUGCUGCCUGGUGCCUUGGCAGCAAGAAGCCGUUGCUGCAAGGCAGGGUGCAGGUUGACAGGGUGAGUUCCACACCCCCAGGCGUAUUUGGGAUGCCACAAGGAAAAUACAUGCAGAUUCGAAGUACAAA